GACUUACUAAAGACUUACUAAAUAAAUUAACGAUAUAAAUAAUUAAUUUUACUUUUUAUAGAUAUUUUAUUUUAUUUUUUUAUAGACAUCAACCAUAUUCUUAAUACGGUUAAUAUAAUAUGUGCAACAUAUUACAUUCUACUAUUCUAAGCUAUUUCUUAAAUUGUGCAACAAGCGAAAUUGUUUUCUCCGCCGCGUUUUUCGCAAUCAAUAUGUUAUCGCCAGCGAAUGAAAACUGCGGUUAUUUUGCAUUCUGACAAUCUGGUUGAUUAACAUUUGCGUCAUAUCUUUUUUACGUUUGAUAAAAGAGGAACAAAGUGGGAAAAUCGGUGGCGGAGUCAUGGGUUAGCGAAAAUAUCGACGAUCAGUUGUGACGAUGGUGAAAGCACAGCGAGCGUAAUUACUCAAGUCGUAACAUAUUUAAGGCUUCAUUAAGCUGCCUUUUAUGUAACAAAAUAGAGUUUUCUACAAGGGAAUACUGACGCACGCUGAACGCAAUUUUUUUGUAUUGUGUUCCACUGUAAAAAUCAGUUCACAUAUUUUCAGUGUUUAAUGUUCCACUGACAAAACUGGUGCAAAAAAAUUACAAUGAAUUCAGCUUUAACUCCAUCGUCUUUAGAGACGGUGGAAGACCAGUGUAAAUUGAAAUGGAGGUUGUGUUUAUACUUUAAGUGAUACGGUUACAUCGAUUGCAUAUCAAGAUCCUCGAAGACACAACUUCAGUAUCAAGGAUUCAUUUGCCUAAGGACUUCAAAUUACUCCUUUCCCUAAGGGUGCGAAGUAGCCUUAGGAACGUACGUGACAAAGAAGACGCAGUAGCCGAAAGUGUAAGAACUACCUAGGAAGGUCCAGUACCUGGCAGCGGAAAGAUCGCGAAAAGGGUGAAGGGUACAAGCAUCUAAGGGCGGGUGGGGGGGAUGCAGCUCGAAAGGGUGGCGGCAUGGAGGAGCACUCGUUGGAGGCUCUCAUGCAGGCGGGCCUUAUCUUCGUGGUCGCCGUCGCCAUCAUCAUCUCGAAUCUUCUCAUCAUCGUCACCUACCUCAACUUCCGCGGUCCCUCCGAGGUGAUAAACUACUACUUGCUAUCACUCGCCUCGGCAGAUCUUCUGUGUGGUGUGUUAGUGGUUCCGCUCUCGGUGUAUCCAGCAUUGGUUCGAAGAUGGGUCUACGGAGACAUCGUUUGCCGACUCGUCGGUUACUUGGAAGUUACACUUUGGGCGGUAUCAGUAUAUACCUUCAUGUGGAUCUCCGUGGAUCGCUAUCUGGCUAUCAGGAAACCGUUGAGAUACGAGACAGUACAGACGAAAACCCGAUGUCAGUGCUGGAUGGUCUUCACGUGGAUCAGCGUGGCGAUGAUGUGCUGCCCGCCUUUACUCGGCUUCAACAAGCCGAUCUUCGACCGCGAGGCCUUUAUCUGUAUGCUCGAUUGGGGCAACAUGGCCGCAUAUACCAUCACGCUGUCCAUCCUCGUGUUGGGGCCGUCAGUCAUCACCAUCGUCUACACGUACUUCUACAUAUUCUCCAUGAUGAGGCGACUGAAGUCCGGCGUUCUAAUCCACGACAAGGAGUACGCUACUGCGUUAUCGGAAAAUCUGAGCAACCCGAGUCACAUCAUGUCCUUCGUCCUAGUGAUGGCUUUCUGGAUAUCAUGGGCGCCGUAUGCCGGAUUAAGGAUAUAUGCAGUCGUUAACGGACCUCCUCAGGUGCCGUUUUUACACUUUGCCGUGGUGUGGCUGGGAGUCACAAACAGCUUUUGGAAAGCGGUUGUGCUCAGCACACUAAGCCCCCAGUUCCGGUUGGCCGUGCGAGUGCUCUGUCUCACCAUAUGCUGUCGGCACAGGCGACUUCCGCCGGAACUCCUCGGCCUUGACGACGAUGACUAACGUCACAUCGACUACGUCUACAAGCAGAAGCGCUUACAUUGCGUUCUGUUCUAUCCGCGACGCGUUCUUAAGAAGUCGCUUUCACCUCUAUUCAAGGAUCGUCCUCGCAUCUUUGGCACCACUCGCAAGACGGUUCCUUAAAACUUCGCGCUCUGACACACACGGGAACGAAUAAUGAUCGCAGUUUAUAAUUAAAUAUAUCGAUAUUGGCUCUCAAUUUUGUUAAAGUAAAGUAAAUGAUUUAAAUAGAAAUGAAAAGAGUACAUUUAGUGGCAAAUGAACGUUAUGAGAUAUUAAGAAAGAUUUGGAAAUAUAAAAGCAGUUGUAAGCGUGAAAAUGAAAUUUUUGGACUUUAAAGCGGAUAAAAAACAUACAGUUCUGAAUUUUGUUUUAAUUAUAAAACGUUAAUAUUUUUUCAAACACAGAAAUUUGUAUGUGUAUUAUCUGUACUAAUUGCAAUUCAUAUAUUGAUGUAAGUGUAAAUUUAUGUAAUAUAUUAUAUUUUUUCGAAAGAGAAUGUCUUUCUGUGUAAAAUUGUAUCCGUUUGUGAAAAAAGUUUUACAAAACACUAAGAAGAAUCUAAGGUACAAAAGAGCAAAUUUCCCAAACUUUGAAGAAAAAAUGAAAAGAAAAUUUGGAAUGUUUUAUUGAUAACUCGCACUAUCUUGCUCAUUGCAAUAUAAAUAGCAACAAUACCGCAAAAGUAGUUAAAUGUUCUUUACUAAAACUAUUAUAUUAAAUUAAGUCUCGUAUCUCAGAUGACAUAGACAGCUUAAAUAUUUACCUAGAUUGAACAUUAUGAAAUAUUGAAUAAUCAAAAUUACAAUUAAUAUUUAGCUUGUUCAAUUUUUGAAAUAAAAAUCAACAUCACGACGGCCCAUUUAUAUGAGGAGAAAAAAAGUAACGCGAAGUAGUGCGAAAAAAAAUGCGAGUGGUGCAACGAGCUUUGCGAAAAUCUUUUGCCGGCGGAAUUCGGCGACUCCGCCGACGCGCGUCCAUUUCUCUAAAGUAAUCUUCGCUUCGCUCAAACACGCUAAAGUCCGUUAAUUAGAACCCCGUUAAUCGGGACGACUUUCUGCGCCGUAUACGAAGAUAAAACGGGGAAUAUCGUUCUACGGUAUUUGAAACUAAUCGUCGCCUAGUUUACGUCGUAAGAUCACGCUCAAUAAAUGUCGUAGCAAAUUAUGAGAGAAUCGUGAGUUUACUAAUGACUGUCGCGCAAGCAGGUUACGCAGAUCCAAUCGUAAAAUUGAAAUCCAUUAAACUAAACGACGCUGGAACAUGCAUAUGCGGGGAGAGAAAUUUAGUCAAUUAACGGAGAUGCCUCUAUGAAUGUGACGCGUCGUCGGCGACGGGUUUUGCGUCGUCGAAGUGUCGUCGUGCCCGUAGAAUACCCUCGAUAAAACAUAAAUCGAGGGUGCCGAGCGUGCAAACGUUACGCUUUUUUAAUGCGCUUCCUAGCCGCCGGCUUUCUAUUAUACGCUCUUUCCCUUUCUCGUCGAAAAGCUUACAAAACAAAUAAUAAAUAAUAAAAAAAAAAAAUCAAGGAAUCGUCUGCAAUAUCGAUUAAUUCGCUUAUCUCUUUUCUUAUUGUUAGUAUCUUACUUUGAUACUAACAAAGUAUAGUCAUAAAUUACAAUAAAAUUAUUAAUAAAAUGGUAUAGUUUAUGUGACUACUUGACUUACAGAUAUUUAAAAAUAUUAACAAAUAAAAAUAUUAACAACACGUUCGUAACAAAAGGCAUAACCGUGAGUUUGCCAACUUAUACGAACAAAAAGUUGAUAAAUUGCGUGCAAGAUUUUAAAUGUUGCUCGACAAUUUUUAUGAAUCUCGAAUAAUUUUUUUCCGCUUAUCGAGACUCGCUUUGCCGUAAUGUGUUAGUGAGAAUCGAUCAAUCAAUUAUUCGAAUGACGGGGGGCUUUUCGACAAGAAAGAAAAGAUGUGUCUCUUCAAGAUCUAGGCUGGGCUCUCGUUGGCUUUCUUGACGAACUGUAUUAACAAAAUACCCUCCCCAAUGGAAAUCAAAAUAUUGUCGUUUAAACUUAAUUCUUAAUUUAGAUCACGCGCUAGUUUUGCGGGCAUUCUAACUCGGCGCCCGACUGUAAGCUUUAUUACUAAUCUUGUACUAAAUGAUAUUUACGAAAUCGGCUAAAUAGCAAAACUUUUUUUGCAUGCGAGCGUAAACUAUUGCGUCCAAUUUUCGCACGUCUACGUGAACCAUGACAACUCGAGGCGCAAUUUCGAAUGUGUUUUAGACAACUUACGUACAAUCCAACCAAAGUUGAAACUGGGAUCGAUAUUCGAGAGGAAAGCGGAUAAAAAGAAGACAUAUCGGUGAUAAGAAAAAACUCGGUUUCGCAAAAUACUUCAACGAAAAAGGAAAAACUUUUCGAUUGCUUAAACUUACAAUUAGACGUAACGCAAUCAGUAAGUGUUAAUGCAAGACACAGACUACUGGUUUAAUUUACUUUAAUUUAAACAAAUAAUUAUAUAUAUUUAUUAUAUCAAGACGUAUAGAAAUAUACGCCAAACAUUUAUUUAGAAUUAUAGAGAUUCUGUUGAUAUACAUUCCUGACAAAAAA